AUGCCGUCCACACACAAGAAAGACAAGCCUUGGGAUACAGACGAUAUCGACAAGUGGAAGGUUGAUACCUUUACCGCAAAGGAUAAUGCGGGCGGCACAUUCACCGAGGAGUCAUCAUUCGUCACGCUGUUCCCCAAGUACCGCGAAGUCUACCUGAAAGAAGCAUGGCCGUUAAUUACCAAGGCGCUCGAGAAGCACGGCAUUGCCUGCACAUUGGAUCUCGUCGAGGGUUCGAUGACGGUCAAGACAACGAGAAAAACCUUUGAUCCCGCUGCAGUCUUGAACGCACGCGACCUCAUCAAGCUGCUGGCACGAAGCGUCCCUGCUCCCCAGGCCGUCAAAAUCCUAGACGACGGCGUUGCGUGCGACAUCAUCAAGAUCCGAAACCUGGUGCGAAACAAGGAGCGAUUCGUCAAGCGCCGUCAGCGAAUACUGGGGCCUAAUGGCUCUACGCUCAAGGCGCUUGAGCUUCUGACGGAGACAUAUAUCCUCGUCCACGGUAACACAGUGUCGGCCAUGGGGCCUUACAAGGGCUUGAAAGAGCUGCGGAGGGUGAUUGAGGACUGUAUGAACAACAUUCAUCCCAUAUACCACAUCAAAGAGCUCAUGAUCAAGCGUGAGCUGGCCAAGGAUCCUGAGCUGGCCAACGAAAGCUGGGACCGCUUCCUGCCAAACUUCAAGAAGAAGACACUGAGCAAGAGACGGGUGCCGCUCAAGGUUACAGACAAGGCCAAGAAGGUCUACACGCCAUUCCCGCCUGCGCCUGAGAAGAGCAAGGUUGAUAAGCAGAUUGAGAGCGGCGAGUAUUUCCUCAGCAAGGAGGCCAAGGACAGGGCCUCUCUCAGCGACCGCAAGGAGAAGCAGAAACAGGCAAAGGACGACAGGGCAAAGGAGCGAGCGGCGGAGUUUGUGCCGCCAGAAGAGGACAGGCCCAAAAAGAAGCGGAAGAAGAGCUCUGAGUAA